AAAACAAACACCCGAGAAAAAGAAAGAGAGAAAGCAUGUGUCAGUCAAGUGAGGGAAGUAAAUAGAGGAAAAAACGAGAAUAAUUGGACAUAAGAAGAUAAACGAGGAAUCAUACAGGGAGAGAGAAGAAAGGGAGAUAUAACGCGGCGUCGAGGAGCGGAGAACCAAGGGUGGCAGUACCGGGACCAGCAGCGGGGUGAGGGGAGGUGGUGGGGCGCUGCAGGAUGGCACAAAACUCAAUCCUGGACGGCAGCGAGGAUGAGGUCGACUUUCCCCCGAACUAUUACAUCUACAGAGUCAUUGAUAUCAUGUUCGUCACCUUCAGUAUCAGCACCUUGCUCCUGGACUGGGGUUUUGACAUCGGGGCGGCUUACAACCACUGGCACCACGAUGACUAUGCCUGGUUCACCCUCACCAUCAUCUUCAUGGGCUCCUCCUCCCUGGCCAUCAUGGUGGUCUCUCUGCGCUGGUACAUCAAGGACAUGGCCAAUGACAAUGGUCCACCCGCCUCAAAGUUCAAAUGGGUGGCCCGUAUCUUCUUCCUCCUGCUUCAGCUCGGCCCACUCGUAAGGUACUAUGACACACUGAAAUUUGGCCUGAAAAGCAGAAUGUAUUGGAAGCGAGGGGACACACAACGCCAGAAGCAGUUUUACACUUGGAUGCUUUAUGAGGACGCUGACUCUGUGUUCCUGCGCAUGUUUGAGUGCUUCAUGGAGUCAGCACCUCAGUUAAUCCUUCAGCUGUACAUCCUCACCCAGAUCCAGGCAGCUGAUGAUUCCUCAAAAUAUGGAAAGACUACACGAUACCUUAUCUUCUGUGGGUCGAUCACCUCACUAGUCAGCCUGGCCUGGGGUGUCAUGGCCUACGCACGUGGCUGCCGCUUCACACAGCUGGAGAAGAACAACAUUUCCCUACUAGGCUCCUCUGUCAUCUUCCUGUGGCAUCUUUUCUGUCUAGCUGCUCGGGUGACGGCGCUGGUGCUGUUUGCCUCCUGCUUCCGGAUGGUGGUGAUGUGGGUCUGCCUGGGCCACUGGGCAGUCAUGGCCAUCUGUCUCCUGCUGUUUCGUGCAUUCAAGGAAGCUUGCACCUCUAUCUUCUCUGAGUUUCUGAUGAGCGUGGUGUUUGGAGUGGUGUACAUCUUCGUCUUCCUCAACUACAAGGAUGAGCCAACGCGGUGGAAGUACAUGGCUUACUACACCGUUUGGGAGAUUGAGAAUGUGGUGCUGGUGGUGAUGUUCCUCUUCUAUGCUGACUCCGCUGUUUGGUACUAUAUUCCUGCGGUGGUAUUUCACAUCGUGGCCUUUGCUGUGGGCCUGGUGUUUAUGGGCAUCUACUACACCCAGCUACACCCAACCAAGUAUGCCCUGCCAACACUGUCUCUGCCGGGGGAACAAAACAACCUCACACAGCCACCAGAGGACACACACCAGGCAAACCAAACAGAACUAUAGCAGCCUUGCCAUCACCACACCUGUCAUUUCUACUCUCUGUGGUGUCAUAGAUCUCAGUGUCUUACCUGUGACCUCUUUCAACAGGCUGCAGUGAAAGUUAUUGGGGUUUUCAAGGGUGUUUUCAUGGUUCUAUAGUUUGACAGGCUGCAAUGAAAGUUAUUGGGGUUUUCAAGGGUGUUUUCAUGGUGCCAGUGAUAGUUUGACAGGCUGCAGUGAAAGUUAUUGGGGUUUUCCAGGAUGUUUUCAUGGUGCCAGUGAUAGUUUGACAGACUGCAGUGGAAGUUAUUGGGGUUUUCAAGGAUGUUUUCAUAAUGCCAGUAAUAGUUUGACAGGCUGCAGUGGAAGUUAUUGGGGUUUUCAAUGGCAUUUACAAAAGGUUAAUGAGAGUUUCAAGGGUGUUCUCAUGAUUCUAGUAAGAGUGAAGAGAUGAUUUUUGAACUGUUAUGAAAAAAACACUCAUGGGAAACCGACUUAAGAUCACUGUGGUCUUUGAAAACAGUCAUGGCGAGAGAACAAGGCAUUUCAAAACAUGACUCUUGUUUGGUGAGUCGAGAUGUGACUGUGUGAUGUGACUGUAUGUUUAUGUAGGAGUCUGUGCUCAUAAUGUAGUUAGAUAAGUGAGGCAUUUAGAGAGAGAGUGGUCUUUCUGUACACUAUAUAUAUAUGACUGUGUGUGUGUGUGUGUGUGUGUGUGUGUGUAUAUACGUGUCAGUGUGUUAUGAUAAAGUAGUGGUACUGA